AUGCUUCGCCUUUUUGCCAGAUCCAUCCGCCCAUUGUCCAAGACUACCACUACCACUACUACUACCACUUCCCUCCCGCAAGUGCAACGCAUCACGCCUGCCAGACUCCUCUCAUCAACAGCAAUGGCCGACAACCCCGAACUCAAGGCAUCCGGCCUCUUCGACGUCAGCCAUGUCACCGCACUGGUGACAGGCGGUGCAACAGGCAUAGGCCUGAUGAUCACACAAGCCCUCGUGGCCAACGGAGCCAAAGUGUACAUCACAUCCCGAAGAGAAGAAGUUCUCAACAAGGCAGUCGAAACAUACAACACGGGGCCCGGCAGCCUACACGCCCUUGUAGGCGAUGUCAGCACAAAACAAGGCAUUCACCAACUCGUCCAAAAAAUAUCGCAAAAAGAGCCUCAAGGGAUCCAACUACUCGUGAACAAUGCGGGCAUUGCUCGAGACGAUAACACGAAAUUCUCAUCCAACGAUGGUCCACCAGAUACAUCUUCUGCAGAAGCUAUUUCCGAAUAUUUCCUCCGCUCGGAAGAAACUCAGUGGCAGGAUACCUUUCAAACAAAUGUCACGGCACAGUAUUUUAUGAGUAUGGCUUUCCUGCCCGCUCUUGCGAAAGGAGGGAGAAUCACUCCAGGAUAUUCGUCUUCGGUUGUCAAUGUCAGUUCGAUUUCUGGUGCAAUGAAAGGAUCAAGCAUGGGACAAUUCGCCUACGCGAGUUCCAAAGCAGCAUCAACACACCUUUCCCGCAUGCUCGCAACCACCUUUCAAGGCUUCAACGUGCGCGUCAACGUCAUCGCGCCAGGCGUCUUUCCCUCUGAAAUGACAGGCGGUGACAGCAAUCAUGUCAACAAGACGGAAAUGGACAUGAAAUCGUCCAAUCCCGCUGGACGCAAGGGUCACGAUACGGAUAUGGCUGCUACCAUUUUGUUCUUGGCUGGGAAGGGUGGGGUCUUUUAUAAUGAACAGAUUUUGUAUCCUGAUGGCGGAAAUACGCUCUCGCAGCCAGCAGUCAACUGAUCAAGUUAUACGCGAAAACGAACGUACGCGUCGAAUGUGUAGAUAGUGUAAGAUAAUGCACCUCAGGGCAAGAACCAAUCAAUCACCAGCUCGACUGUAUCGUGUUCUUGAAGUGGUAUGUGUCGGAAGCCGAGCCGACGAAGAAAUCCAACCCGAUGCGGCUGUGGAAUGUUUUGCAUUCUGAUGAGAGAGGUGGUCCCCUUUGUACUUCGCCAAAGCUUGCCCGUCGAUACCUUACCGACCAGACAAAGAGCUGUUUGCACCGCGCUUACCGUUACCGUACCUUGGACAGACACGAACGUGUGUAUGCGAGAGAGUAUCUCGACUUUUCAAUCGUUCCAUCAGUCAAUUCCCAAUUCCGCUUGCAUUGCGAAAAGGCGGUUCAGGAAGGCUCACAUUACUACGCACACUGGCACUUUUCCGAGCAGCAAUGCCUACCAUAGCUGAGCCCGAAGCUCGAUUACAAGUCCCAUUGCAGCGCGUCGUACGCUCGCCUUCACGCCGCAAUAGAGAUCGAGCAGCAGCAGCAGCAUCGACAGCCAAGCCGCUUCAGCUACGCGGUAGAGAGACUUCCGAGAAGUCCACCACGCUCGAACGAAGCAUGUUGUACAAUACGACUUCUGCGAUGAGCAAUUCACGUCGACCAGCACCUCAGUACUUUGCAGCGCCCUUGUCACCACCGCCGGUAGCGCCGCUUCCACAAUUCCCAACGUCUAUACCUUCGUCUGCAGCGGCGAUAUCUCCACCAGCAGCGGCAAAAGCGAGGCAGAAUGAGGACUUCUUGUGGACCAUAUCACGGACGGGGGAGGCCGGUACUGUCCUCCCGCCCUUCGCAGAACAACCGAGACCCGCUCCCCAGCCUCCCAAACGACGUCCACGCACUCCUGGCGAAGAGUUUCGUGUAUCGCCGGUGUCAACGCCCUUGCGCAGGGGCCUGAGUAAUAGCCAGCGUUCGAAAAUUUCUCGCCCAGCACUGGUGCCACUGGCCACAUCGACAGUACAGCUCCCAUCACAGCAGCAGCAGCAGCGACCGACCAGCGUUCUGGACCCUCAUCUGAUUACUGCCCAGAGAUUUGUCCCUACCACAGCACCGCAGUCUCCAUCUGCGUUAUUCACAGGUGAAUCAGUACAACAACCAGCAGUUCAAAACAGUAGUACUACGAUGCCAGCAGCGGCGAGAUUGCAAAAGUCGGGGCGUGGCCGCCGAUCGACCUCAAAGACGCCUGCGAUGCCGUAUCCGAUGAUCCGCUCGCACACAGCACCGCCCACCUACAACAGAACCGUCAGUUCCAUUUCUCGCAGCACCGCCAGCUCGUCCACUUCGUCAUCGUCUCGUCGCACUGGGCGAUCCAGGUUCACCAGAAGAGAUGUCGCAGCGCGAAGGUCCCUCGAUGCACACCCUGCAGCUGCAUCUCGGCUGGCACCAACAUCUUCGAUCCGAAGUGCAUUAUCCUUGGCCGACGAUUUGAGUAGACUGAAGACAAGAUCUGACGCGAUUGCGAAGCCUUCCUCGGCACCAUCCACGCCCGGAAGCAUCAUCAAGAGUCCGUUCAAGAAAAGUCGAAAGGGGGAGACGAUGAGCAUGUUGCUCAAUACGGGAUUCUUUCCCGUGGAAGAGCUGAUUUAUGGGAAAGAUGUCAGUACGGUCAGCAAGUUGCGACAAAGUCAGAUGUAUCGAAUCAAUCUUCCGCCAAGGUUGAGCUUCAUGGGCGACGAUGAUGUAUUGACUGCACUGAGGUCACCGAACAACAGUGGCGGUGGGGGCGACAGUCCGACCGACAGCCUGUCUUCGCCAAAGUCUCCCACCUUUCCUCGGAGAUCAUAUCGUAAAGCACGAAACCGGAGAUCUGGCAUGGUGAGAAGUCCGCUGACCCAAAUCUCUGAGAACAAGGUGGCCAGUACCGUGGAUGAACAGGACGAGGACGAGGAUGAGGAGGAGGAGGGACAGGACAGAACCUCGUCAAGAAACACACUGGCAGCCAUUGCUGAAGAUCCGGCCUGGGGUGAUGAGGAGAAUAUCGCUCCAGAAAUUGGUUCCGCAAUGCCGGCGGCAAGAGCCAUCCAUCUGAGAGGAGGUUCAGUAGUCACGGUCACGCCACCUGAGAUGACAGCGUGGAGAUGUUCAAUAUACAUUCCAGGCGCGAUCAAGCUCCCGAAGCCAGCGAUCAUGCCACGCAAGAAUUCCGUGGCGACUCUGGAUCCCUUUCAGCAUGCGGUGGAUGAUAUGUAUCAGCUGUCAUUAGCGGUACCCCGGCGGCGGAGUGACGAUGCGGUGGUGGAUGACAUUUGCGACUUCUUCGAUGGAUUUGGCUUCGACGUGAACAUAGGCUUCGAUGAAGACUGUUUGGGUUUCGCACAUGUCAUUACGGACGAAGCCUCCAAUAUCGGUGAAGUGAUGGAGGAGGAGGGGGAAGGUUUCAGCACGCCGACCCUGGAACCAAGUCCCAUCGAGAUUGAAAUCGCAAAGGAAGUGCUCGAUAGCACGACAAAGGCGCAGCAGGCCAUGAUGCAGGCCUCGCGCAGGCCACCGCCAGUAGAAACGGAGGAAACGCUGAGAGCGCGCGGUAUAGCCCGAUUGUCGAGGGGUUCAGCAGCGUCCAUAUCAUCAUUAUCAUCGUCAUUCGUCGGACCACCCAGUCCCAGGGAGUCGCUCCUGCUGGGGAGCAAAGCUGGUGUACGCAGUGGCUCGGUCAGCUUACUGCUUCCCGCGCCGGAAGGCAGCAUGUUUGAAACAGUACGGGGAAAGUUUGGGACCUCGGCGACAGCAGGCUCAGCGGGCGAUGCCAAGGAUAGUCCCCGUAGUGGGGGCCGGGCUGGAUUCGCUGGAAUAACAACAGCAACAACAAAAACAGCAACAACAAUGGCAACCGAGGGUCCAUUGACGACUCCAUUAUUGUCAUCCAGCAGCGGCUUCGACGUCCAGGAGAUUAGUGUCAGUUCGGCGUGGGUAGCGCCUGAAGUAGUGUCCAAGGUG